AUGGCCAACGAACUGUACAGGCUCACAGCCAGUGAGGUCGCAGCCAAGGUGCGCUCCGGCCAAGUCACUCUUGAGGAGUACGCUCGCUCGCUGCUCUCGCGCAUCGAGGCACGCGACCCCGUCGUUAAGGCCUGGGCAUACCUCGACCCCGAGCGAGUCCUCGCCGAGGCGAGAAGGCUGGACCAGGUGCCCCCGGAGGAACGCGGCCCGCUGCACGGCGUGGCCAUUGGCGUAAAAGAUGUCAUCUACACAAAAGCGACGGAGUUUCGGGUCCAGGGUGCCAGGUUUGCCGUCUGCAAGACCAUGGUCUGGCCGCAUGCGGGGCCGGGGACCGUCGGGGCGUUGGAGCGUGCCGUCGAGCUGCUGAGGGCGCAGGGCGCCGAUGUCGAGGAGAUCUCGUUCCCCGAGAGCCUGGCGGAUCUGCCCAAGUGGCACGCCACGGUGCUGGACGCCGAAGGUCGAGCGGCGUUUCUGUCAGAGUAUCGCGCCGGCAAGAUAGCAUUGCUGAUCUCCUCAUCGGACACGUCGAGAACAGAGGCAAAACUUUCGCGUGCCGAGCAUCUCAAGGCUUUUGACAGCAUCGCGCGGCGAGGCCCGGUGGUUUGA